UAAGUUGGCAGAAUAACCAAUACAUGUUCCAGCGAAAACGAUGCCAUACCAGUGAAAUCGAUACAAUACCAGUACUCGGGACAUACAAGCACCAAUCAAUAAUUGACGCACGCACAAAAUACAGCGAACUGAUUGAUUUGACACAAAGGAUCGAUGAGAUAUUUAUUAGAAUCCCAAACGCGCCAAAUUUUCAGUCAAUAUACGUUGGGCCAUCGCCUGGGACGUGCAUAAAUCGAUCUCGCGUGCGCACCAUCUCACUCUUUUCGCUCAGUCUGAUUCUCACAUCGACGACAAAUAACGAACAAUUACAAAUAAUUCCAUUCCAAAUAGAUCAACAAAAAAAAUUUGAUGUUGUUUUUUUCUGUUUAAAUUUUUGUGCGGAUUAAUUUAUGUCUUAUGUGUGUGUAUAAAUUUUUGUUGCAAUCUUUCGGGAAUAUAUCGACUCAUUAUCGAGAAUAGAAUUGUUUUUUUUCUUGCACAGCAUUCAUUGGAUUUGAACUGUGCGCCACAGAAGGUAUUUGCUAAAAGGAACCAAAAAGAGCACGUGCAAACGACAUUCAAUAUGGAUUUAUUUAAAACAUUGUCACGAAAAAAGCCAAUCUGCGAUACAUCGCCCACACAAUUGGCCAAAGUGUUGUCAGCACUUGAUUUAACCGCGUUGGGUAUCGGUAGUACACUUGGAGUUGGUGUUUAUGUGCUGGCCGGUGAGGUAUCAAAAGAAGUAGCCGGACCGGCUGUCAUUUUUAGUUUUAUGAUUGCAGCGGUUGCGAGUGUUUUUGCAGGCUUAUGCUACGCAGAAUUCGGUGCUAAAGUACCACGAGCUGGCUCAGCAUAUGUUUAUUGUUAUGUUACCAUUGGUGAAUUUAUCGCAUUCAUUAUCGGAUGGAAUUUAAUUCUGGAAUAUUCAAUAGGUGCAGCGAGCGUUGUCAAAGGAUUGAGUACGUACGUUAAUUCAUCAACUGGUAUGCACGAUAUCAUGAUUGAGUGGAUGCCCCUUCGUUUGGAUGGAUUAUCUCAAUUUCCAGAUAUUUUUGCGUUUGUUGUCACCAUUCUAUUCUCGUUGGCCAUUGCAUUCGGUGCAAAAGAAUCAUCGAUUGUAAACAAUGUGUUUACAUUUCUCAAUUUAUCGGUGGUUUUAUUUGUAAUCAUUGCUGGCAGCUUUAGAGCCAAUCUAUCGAAUUGGAAUAUAGCAGCUACAGAGGUGCCACCAGAUAAUGGGGAAGGCGGUUUUGCACCCUAUGGAAUAACUGGCAUUUUUAAAGGUGCUGCAAUCUGUUUUUACGGCUUCAUCGGUUUUGAUUGUAUUGCAACUGCCGGUGAAGAGGCAAAAAAUCCAAAACGUUCAAUGCCAAUUGCAAUUAUUCUUUCGUUGUUUGUCAUCUUUUUGGCAUACUUUGGCAUUUCAACUGUUUUAACAAUGAUGUUGCCAUAUUAUUUACAAGAUAAAAACGCUCCAUUACCAUAUGUAUUCGACUAUUACGGAUGGACAGUGGCCAAAUAUAUUGUUACAAUUGGUGCAACAUUUGGUUUAUGCGCUAGUUUAAUGGGAUCGAUGUUUCCAUUGCCCCGUAUCGUGUAUGCGAUGUCAAAUGAUGGUUUAAUUUUCGAGUGGAUGGGUCGCAUUCAUCCACGAUACAAAACGCCAUUGUUUGGAACACUUUUUGUUGGUACAUUGACAGGACUAUUGGCUGCAUUCUUCAAUCUGUCACAAUUGGUGAAUAUGAUGUCGAUUGGUACAUUAAUGGCAUAUUCAAUUGUGGCCGCAUGCGUUCUUUUACUACGUUAUGAAGUCGAAGAUGAAAAUGAAAAAAUGCAUCUGCCAGCGCCAUUCCAUCAAAAUGUGUUCCGUUUUCUAUGGAACACCGAUCAUUUGAAAAUACCAACCAAACUCACCGCAACCAUUGUUACAUGGGAAGUUACCGUUUUUUGUUUCGUCUGCAUUUUAUUCGCCGGAAUCAUUGAAAUGUUUAAAAAUCAAUUGUACUAUUUUGAUUGGUGGGCAUGGUUAAAUGUGGCAGUGGUUGGUUUAACAUUGUUGUUGAUUUUGGUGUUGAUUUCACGUCAACCAACAGCACAAACUUAUGAAACAUUUGCCGUACCAUUGACACCAUUUUUGCCAGGCAUAUCGAUUAUGAUCAAUAUGUAUCUGAUGAUGAUGUUAGAUUCAACGACCUGGAUUCGAUUUCUCAUUUGGAUUGGAAUGGGAUUGCUUAUCUAUUUAACGUAUGGACUGCGGAAUAGUAAAGAACGUCUUCGUCGCCAACAAAUCGCUUUUGUUAAUAACAAACAAACCGAAGUCUGUACAUUUUCAAGCAGUAAGGAAAUUUUAGUUCCAACCGGACAAUGAAGUGAAAGAUGAUCGAAAACAGGUGGCAACUGUGCAGAAUCUCGAUUUUUCAUAUGUGUUACACAGACAUUUUAUUUUGCCAAUUUACUUUUAUAUCAAUUAGAAAUAGAGCCUUUUAACAAAUUUUGUAGUAAAUUUAUGUCAAUUAAAGAAAUAAUAAAAAUUCAAAUAAUCAAAAACCCUA